AUGACCGUCAAUGUGCGCCUUCAUGCAUCUGCUGAAGAUCUAACAAAAGAUUACUUAACACCAUAUCGCGUGGCAAUUUCAAUGACGAGUAUUGGUAAUCAAGACUUACCAUACGAAGAACUCGAAUAUGGAUUUUUAAUCGAUCUUUUGCAAGAAUUGCAAAAUGGACUGGUUCGCAAGCCGGAUAAUUUUAACAAUCUUCACUUUCUUCUCCUUUUAUUAUAUGAUGCACAUGGUUGUCCACGUGACCGAUAUCCACUAUGGCGUUGGUAUCAUCGAAUAAAGAAGAAGUUGAUUUCUGCGAGACAUUUAACGAUUGACACAGAUAAUUGUCGUCAACAUAUUUUAACUGCACUUGAAUAUUUGAUUGAUAGUAAUCCAUCCGUAUCGCAAAUGAUGGAAGAGGGUGUAGUUCUAGAAGAACAUUAUCUAAAUUCGCCGAUUCACGGUCUUUUCAAUUUGUAUACACCUUUACAUACAUAUUUAUACAUGGAACAGUUAGACAAACCUAUCAUUAACGAAAACGCCAAAGUUUACAACCUACUUCAAUCGUCCAUAGUACGAUUAUCCCAAAAUGAAUACAAUGACUUGAUACAUUUUUCUAUUGCACAUCGUAAAAUCGAUUUGAUUACAAAACUUUUCGGUGAAAAACUCAAUUGGUUAGAUGUGUCGAUAAAUUUAACCACUGAACGUGGAUGGUUACCAUUACACUAUGCAGCUUACGUCGGUGACAAACAAAUCGUUCAAAUCAUAUGUGAUGUAUUAACAUCACCAACGUCGACAAUUCCCUUCGAUACAAUGUCAUUGUUUAUUCCAAAUUUCAAACAGCGACAAUUUUCAUCAAAUCCGAAUGAAUAUAUUUUGAAGACAUGCGGUGUCGAACGCGAUACACAUCAAACGAGAGAACGUCGAUCCUCUCAAGGACAAUCCGAUCAUCCGAAAGCACAUUUUCUGCACGCGAACUCUCGAUCGAAUCUUGAUAUACGUGACCAACCAUCACUAGGAGCAAAUAUUCUCAAUAGUAAUAAUAAUAUAACUGUUACCAAUGACAAUGACAUUCCUGAUGCGGAUGAACUCGAAUUAAGUUCACUGCCAUUGAUACAACGUGAUGAAUUCAUUGACAAAGUUAUACAUAUGUAUGAUACGAAACAAAUGCUUAUACCAUCACCACUGAUUCUGGCCUGUCUAGCAACAUGUGGUGAACGCAAUGAUUACGAAGAGAUCGUAAAGAUCUUACUUGAUUCACAUCUUGUUGAAUACGAUGGAUUAAAUCAUGAAUGUAUUCUCAAUUAUGUUUUGGACUAUAUGCAACGGAAAGAUUAUGCAUCAUUCCAACAAGUACCAGUCUAUCGUGAUACGGAAGUCGAAGGUCCGUCAACAUAUCUGUUCUAUCAAUUCGAUGGUUUUAUUGUUAAUCAAGAUGUCAAACCGUUAACAGGCGCUUUGUCAGGCUCAUCGGCAACAUUGAAUACAUCAAAAAAUGACGAAUCAGCUGGCUCAGAAGAUGGUCAGCAAACUGAAACACCUAUCAGUGUUCGUUGUUUUCUAACCGUUCUCGUCCUACGUGAUAUUUUUCUUCAGUACCCACGCUGGGAUUUUCAUCUCCUUCGUGAAAAUAUCGAAGAGCAUUUUUCCGAAUUAGAAAACGCUCUCGGUUGUCGACCGACGAUACUCUAUCCUGACGGCGAUAUAAUCUCUUCUCGUAAACGCAGUGAUCUAACCUGGGAAGUGAUCGUUAAAUAUCGUUUGAGUUCCGAUACAGGUCAAUCAUUGUAUAUGCAAGUCGAUUACUACUUCUUCGAAUCCUUCGCUGAUCCAUUUGCUGAUGCGUUAGCAAACGUAUAUCAGACACCGUUCUAUAUUUCAUGUAUGACGGAUUCAACUACUAUGAUGGAUACGAUAUUUGACUCGUUCUUCAAACGUCGACAUUUGAAUUGCUGGGGUACAGUUGCAAGAAAACAUCUAGAACACUGUUUCGAUGGUGUUUUGCAAAUCAAGAAUAAUUGCACAACUUUCCUAUCAUUAUGUACUACAUUAAGUCGGUACUAUCAGCUAGAUGGCGAUCCGUUUAUCGAAGAGAAUUCAGCAACGAUACAACGAAUGUUUGUCCACGCAUUUGCAUGCUGUGUACGUCGAAAUGCGAAGAUUGAGUUGGAUUAUUUAAUAAAAAAUCAUGCUCUUAUUUACUACGAUUCAUGUCGAACAAAGCCAAGUGAUAUUCGACAUAAUAUCUUGACUUAUUGUGUCGUGCGUAAUUUAGCUGUUGUCUUCGAUCAAUUGAUGACAAAUAUGAAAACAACCAUGUAUAAAACUUAUCAAAAUUCCACCAAUCCGGACUGGCAACCACACAUUGCUUGGAGAGAAAUCAUUCAUGUGAUAAUCGAUCCCGUUUUACAACAACAGAACAAUUCGACUGAACAAUCCGACCUCGUCCAGUUAGCUUGUUGUGGAGAUGCGAAUACAAAUUUGACAUCGAUGGGAUGCAUACCGAUUCUGCACGCAACUGGUGAAGAGUACAUUCGAUGUAUUAAUAUACGAAAGAAUAUCAUCUUGAAAGCGAAAAAAAAACUACCACGAACAUCGAGUGAUACGAAUAAAACGCGAUCAGUACCGCGUCGAAUGAAUAGCUUAGAUCAUUUACAAAGUAAUGAAAGUGUUGGCCGAAAUACACUCAACGGAAUAGCAAAUGUUAUUUUGAAUGCAAGUACGAGUCGAGGUCCGGAUGGAAGUUUAACCAAGCGUUCGAAAAAUAUUUUCAAAAAUGUAAACAAAUUUCGCUGGGGCACGAAAACUGAACGACAGAAUUCCACGGGAAUAAGCCAAAAUAGUCAACAUCUGAAUUCAUCGGUAACAGCAUCUGGACUAGCUGAAUUAUCAGCGCCUGCUGACACUGUCAGUCUCCCUGAUGUCAAUGAUGCUGAUUCGUACGAUGACAGUGAUCUACCUGAAGUAUUUUGUGCAACAACACCGAUAUUGACUCGUCCAACUAAACUUCGUCGUCGUCAAACAAUCGAUACAGCCCAACGGCGACAAUACUCAUCACGUCGAACUCCUUUUCAGCACCUGCAAGCCAUGUUUCGUUCCGGUCGAGACCGAAAUAAGACAUCAUCCGAAACCGAACAUGAACAGAUGCCCAUGAUAACCGACAAACGGUUAAGAAAAUUUCAACAAGCAGCAAGUGUAUCCGACGAGCGAGAUUCAUUCAAAGAAACUGUUGCCAAUGAACGACGAAAGAAACAUCGAGUGCAACGACGCUCGGAUACAGUUGCUAUUGUAUAA